AGCCAGCUAGUGGGUAAUGGGCUGGGAGCCGGGGCAGUUUCUCCGGUUUCAGACCGCACUUGUGCCCAGUAUGUACCAUUUCUGCAGUAUCGCCCGACGGCGGGCACAGUUCCGACGACACCGUCUUUUCCUCGAGGUCUUUGCGCUAUUCCCAAGGGAUCGGACCACUUCAGACAUCCCUGAGAGAAACAGCGUAUGCCCUAACUGUUCCUGCCGAACAGUACCUUCCUUCCAGCAUCUUUCUUUUCUGAGCUUCCCAUCACCAAUGUUUCUUGGAAUUGGACAGAUGAUCGUCACUAUACUUAUCUUGUAUGUGUCAAAACUAAAUAAGACUGUUGACUUCCCUGAUUUUGAUAGAAGUAUACCUGUGAAGUUGUUCCCUCUGCCUCUGCUUUAUAUUGGAAACCACUUAACUGGAUUAUCAAGUACCGGCAAACUCAGUUUGCCGAUGUUUACAGUGCUCAGGAAGUUUGCCAUUCCACUUACUUUACUUCUGGAAAUCAUCAUACUUGGGAAACGGUACCCACUGAAUGUUAUAGUCAGCGUAUUUACCAUCAUUCUUGGGGCUUUCAUAGCCGCUGGAUCUGAUCUGUCUUUCAAUCUGGAAGGCUACAUCUUUGUGUUGCUAAAUGAUAUUUUCACAGCAGCAAAUGGAGUUUAUACAAAGCAGAAGAUUGAUCCAAAGGAGUUGGGAAAAUACGGUGUCCUGUUUUAUAAUGCUUGUUUCAUGGUGAUUCCAACAGCCGUUAUUAGCUUUUCUACUGGAGACUUUCAGCAGGCAAUACAUUUCCAGCAAUGGACAAAUUUUUUAUUUGUGUUUCAAUUUAUUCUUUCCUGCGUGUUGGGGUUUCUCUUGAUGUAUUCUACUGUCCUGUGCAGUCACUACAAUUCUGCGCUCACAACAACAGUAGUUGGUGCCAUCAAGAAUAUAUCCAUUGCUUACAUCGGAAUGUUGAUUGGUGGAGAUUACAUAUUCUCCAUGUUAAACUUUAUAGGGCUAAAUAUUUGUAUGGCAGGAGGACUGAGAUACUCAUUUUUAACAUUAAGAGGAAACAGCAAUCCUGCACAACCUGGGGAUGAAGAAAAAGCACUUCCAGUGUCAAAGGGUUAGGCAAAAUGCCUGCCUACAAAGAGACUGAAGACACAAGUUUGUUUAGCAUUGCCAAGACCUUAAAUAAGUAUAUGCUGGAACAUAUUUGGGACAACAAAAAAAAAAUCUACCUCAGUUGUCACAGACAUGCACACAAUUCACUGACUCAGAUAUAUUCUUGCACACCAUGUUUUUUACAUAUAAACGGGUUUGCUUUUAGCUUUUUUUAAUCUGCAAGUCAUUUUAUAGGAAGGAAUGCUGUGAGAAAAUCUCAAGUUGUAAAUUUCUGCAUUUACCUGUACUUGGGUGCUAUUUCAACAAGAUCUUUGAGUUCUGUUUCAGUGGCUGCCUGUAGUUUCUUGAGGCAAAACUCACUGUAAAGAUCACGGGGCUUCAUUCACCACUGCCUUAUGCCAUAUGCAGUCCUUGGUAUCAGUGAGGAGAUGAAAGAUCCUAGUGGUUCAGACUGAUUUCAUGCAUGUAUUUGCUCUUGGGUAAGUUAUACAGAGCAUAUGGGGCAAAGGGGAUAUUUGCUCCCACAUUGUUCCCUGUGUACGUGUCAACUAAAAUAUUCAGGCUGUGUCCGUGUAUGUGUAUUGUGUAGGCAUUCUCUCUCUGUGUUUUUGUCAUCCUCAGUCACACCACAGUGUUCUGCAGCAUUUGUCACUGUUGUUAUAAAUGAGCCCUCAUAACUUUACAGCACAGCAAGGACAGUAGGGAAAUUACAGGGGAUUUUUUAAUAUUUAAAUAUUUUUGUGUAUGUGUGUGUCUGUGAGUCACUACCAGCACAUCUAUUUUUGUUAAGGUACACUUUCCUUUUUAUAUCACAGUCCCCUCCUCUCACAUUUUGUCUGUAACCACCUCUCUGCAGAGAAGUGGUGCUACUAUGUGCAAACAUGGUAAGAAAGGGAAACAUAGAUAUGUGGUGGACUGACUUGUGUUUAAAUAAGGGGAAAUGGCUAAUGUCCUAUUGUGUCUUAUAUAUACAGUAAAAGCUUAUCUGGUACUAGUUUAUGUUUUCAGUUCUAAGCAAGGAAUCAUAAUGAGCCUGGGGAUUAUUACAGUAGGCUCAGCUGCUACAGUGGUUAAGAGGCCCAGACUGAUGGACUGAGUUAUCGUCUGGGACAAUAUCUAUAUUUCAAUAACACCUGCAUCUAUAUUUCAUUCCUUGAAAAUACUUGACAAUGCUUACCUGUUUCUCUGAGGAUAAAAGGUUAACCUUUGAAAACAUGAUAGGAGCUUUGAAGUGUUGGAAGACAGCAGAGAAAUUAAUCUUGUUGAAGUUCUCAAUUCCCUGCAAGCAUGAGCCAAGAUUUUUAUAAAUAAUCAAAUCAAAAGAAAAUUUUGAAAGACUUUUGACAUGGAACCAGGGUGGUCUAAUGAUUUGUUUGAUCCUCACUUAAAUAAAAGUACAGCUGAUAAAAUCUGAAAAGCAUUACUCUGUGUGUAGCACAUCAAUGACCAGUCUGAAUUAGAUCUAAGAAGCAUGUGGGUAAUUCACACCAGAAGCUUCAGGGAGUGACUGCCUGCAUGGAUUUGAAUGGCAAGAGGAGCAGUGGCUGCAGAUACUAGAAGUGACAUUUAAAGGCACUGUCAAACUGAGAAGAGAAAUCUGAGCUAUGCAUUUUCUCACAUCUGCCUAAGAGUGUGAUUUUUAUUUUCUGUCUGAAGACCUGUGGAGGGAAAGUGUUGCAGCAAAUAUUUCUCGGCGAUCUUCUGUUUUUAAAUAUUUCCUUUAGUGCUUAAAAACCUACAAUAUUUUUGAGUGUAUUCUUUUAUAAGGCUCCUCUUUCUUCAGAUCAUUUCUACCUCCACAAUUCCAGUUAUUGAGCCUUAACUCUGCCAUGCAACAACGUAUUGGAAGGUUUUCAUUAAUUAUGAAAUUAGUAUGAGUGCCAUUUGAUUGCAGUACUGGUGAACACACAAAGGCACCUGCUAAAUAAGGUGUAGUUCUCUUAAAGGAACACCUAACAUAUGCAUAUAAUUCAUUAAUAUUUUGCUGUACCUU